UUCUCUCCACAUGCAAACCAUUUGCAUAAAUAAUUUGCAAUUCUCGUUCUUUGUGCUUCAUCUUGUGUAUAAAAGCCAUCAUCUCCAUGCCAUAAGGUUUAGUCAUUGAUCUCUAUGCUGUGGUUGUGCUUUGUUUAAAUUUUUAAAAUGAAAUCUUUAAAAUCUUUCAUUAAUUUUGCACUAUUUUGCAGUGUUUUAGUGAUAAUUAGUAAUGUCAGUGAAGCACAGGACACUAAGACGAACUCUACUACUGCAAAGGGGCGUCAAAACUUCCCUCCAGUUGAAGAAAUCGGUUCUUAUGGUGUAGAAAAAUUGCUAAAUUUGAAUCCCACAGACAUGUUGGAAUAUAUUAAUGAAUUUUGCUCUCGUGGUGCUCAAAUUAACAAUGCAGCCGCAUUUGACUACAAAGAUAUCAGUUUAACUCUCUACGAUGGCAAGGAAAAUACUCCCUUCCUUUUAACUAAUAUGGGAAAUUUAAUGCAACAUCCUUCAUUCAAUAAGACGCAAAAUGUGGUUGUUUUCGUCCCUGGAUGGCUAAGUAAUUUGCAGGAGAGUCCAAAUGCUGCAGCUGAUACAAUCUACAAAGCCUACGAAUGCCGAGGAUCUACUAAUUUUCUCGUAAUGGAUACAACAAAGCAGAUCAAUACGUUGGGAGCUUCAACAGCCGAAAACACCCUCAAUAUGGGACAAUAUCUCGCCAAUGCCCUCAAGGACCUCACAGAAAGCAUCAAGAUCAGUCAAAUCCAUCUAAUAGGUCACAGUUUAGGGGCCCACAUUGUAGGAGCUGCUGGGAGAUUUUUCAAAUCAAUAACAGGCAAGAAUCUCCCAAGAAUAACUGGCCUUGAUCCAGGAAGGGUGUGCUUCGUGGAACAAAAUGGGAAUUUUGAUCUUGAACGCGGUGAUGCAGAUUUUGUGGACAUCAUUCACACCAAUCCCAAUAGUUUAGGCAAGGAAGAAACAAUUGGGAAUGCUAAUUUCUACCCCAAUGGCCUUAACCUCAUGCCUGGAUGCAAUGAUGCUAUUUGCUCCCACAAAAUGGCUUGGCGCUACUACGCUGAAAGUGUCUAUCCGAGUAAUAAAUUUGGAUUUUCAGGAAAGAAAUGUUUAACAGAAAACUUGAGGAAUCUCACAAAUACGGACUGUGGAGGACAGAGUGAACCAAUGGGCUAUGCUACACCUGCAACAGCUACGGGAAAUUAUUUUCUCCAGACAAACCCUAAAGAACCCUACGGGAAGAAUUCUAAGAAUGACAAAAAGUGUGGCAUUGUAGAGGCCAAUAUAAUUGAUAUCUUUUCAAGUAUAGCCACUGCAGAACGUACUGAUAGUCCUGAUAAUUUACCUGUUUGGAGUUGAAGGAAAUCCUUAUUUUUCUAAUACAAUUAAAUUAUUUUUAAGGCUUAUAAAAUGCCGGUUCUUAACCUUUCAAAGGCUAAAAAGUUUGAGAAAAAGUUCUUCCAUUAAAUUCUUUUUUCAGUUAAAUCGAAUUUUCUUCUCAAAUUAAUUUUUGAUUUAAUUUUCAAGCUUGUAAUGUUUUUGUGAAAGAAAUUAAUUCUCUUAAGGCAAAAUUAAAGACUAGAGUUCUUUUGUAACUUAUCGAAAAGAUCAAAAUGUACGUUAAUUUAAAAGUUAAAAAAUACUUUAGGCUACAAAAUAAAUGUUAUUUUAUGAAAUAGGAUAAAAUUUUUAAUAAAUUUGAAACACUUUAAGGAUU